AUGGGCUGCGAACUCCAUCAGCUGUCAGAAACAGAGAUUCCUUCAAAGCCAAGAAAGCUGGGUGCUGACUCUUUGUCGGAGACAGUUCCCCCCGACGCAGUUAGCGCCCAGGAGCCAUGCUCAGCCAGUGAAAGGUGCGCCCACGAAGGACAGAAGUCCGAUGGCUUCACCUGGGCCAACAAUGUCCAGUGUGAUUCUCGACGCAAAGUUGCACGAUGCACUUGCAGUGUUGCUACCACAAUGGUCACCCAGCCGGUGCUCACGAUAAAUGACCAGUGCGACUUCUUGAUGAGGAUUACGCGUGCGGGUGGCAAACAGGUCCCACUCACCUUUGGCAUUGUGGGUGGCAACGUAGAGAGUGUGCUGCCCCAAAAGAUCGGAGAUAAAGAGUUGCCGACUUCCUUUGGAAUGGCUUGCAUUCGAAAGUCGGGCAAGGUUUUGCAAAGCGGAAAUUCUUGUGGCCCUGCACCUGGCCUUUGUGACGGGGACAUAGUGAGAUUACAAGUACGCGGUGGCAAAGUGACGUUCUUCAAGGGCAACAUGCAGAUUGGCAAUUGCACAGUAGGCGGCAAAGGUGAGUUUCGGAUUGCCGUGACCUUCCAGGAGGAAGGACAACAGGUGGAGAUUCUCGAGCCCGAAGCAGACUCUCUUAGCCCAGUCCAGCAAACAUGGUCGCGAAGGGUCCGCUCAUUCUCCCGAGCAAGAGCCACAGCGUCAACUUCUGAGAGGGUAGCUCUCCCCCCGUAA